UGAAGGGGCGGGGCCGGCCGAAUGAUUGCUCGGAGCGGAGGUUUAGAGCAGAUCUUGACACAGGAAGGAUGCGGGCGGCUGUUUGAGGACUCACAGCCAGUGUGUAUUGUCACAACUGAGAGAUACAUAUGUCUCAAAGACAGAAACAACAGAAAGAAGAAAAACGGGGGAAAUAUUGAGCUAAAGCAGCAAGACUUUUCAAAACCACCCACUGGAUAAAAUCACAAGUGCAUGGAUAACAAGCAUUAAAUACUGUCCGCCUCCUGAUUGGUCAGGAGACCGAUCUAUCAUCAUUAGGCGAUGUGGUGGGAGGGUAUAAAAAGGACGUCAGGAAAAGCGAUUAUCUCCUGUCUGGCAGCUGAAUUGACGGCCAUCAAGACUGGACAAAGUUAGGCUGAGCAGAAUCUGGUUAAGAAAACAGCUUAUUUGUGAAACCACAAAACCCCAGUGUCUAACAACUGAAGAACUGUGUUUGAGAGUUGAAAUCAAGAUGCCCAUCUUAAAGCAGUUGGUGGCGGGGUCUCAGACCAAACGGCGUUCUCGUAUGGACCUUACUACAGAAAUGAUCAGUGCUCCUUUGGGUGACUUCCGACACACCAUGCAUGUAGGACGCAGUGGAGAAGCUUUUGGAGAUACCUCUUUCCUCAGCACUCGAUCUGGAGAGCCACCCCAGGAGGGGCACACUUAUCCUCGUUCUCCAAAACCAGGACUACUGUCUCGUACUUUUCGGAGCAGCAAACGCUCCCAGUCUGUCACCAGAGUAGACCAGCGAGACAACACCCUCCUCCCUCCCAGUGGAUCACCUGCCUUUGUGAAGAAUGCUAUGUCCUUGCCUUUUUUGAACAAUGAAGAAGGACAGGGUGGGGAUGGUAGGGUGCUUAAAAGUUUGACUUCCAGCCCUUCCAAUGGGGCCUCUGCUGACGCCUUGGACCUGGAGCUUCAUGAGAAGCACUUCGGAGUGUUGACAGAUCUGAGGCCUUCCCCAACAUACAAUGGGGGAGGUUUGAGGAAGGCUGAAUCUGUGAUGUCCUUCCAUGUUGACCUUGGGCCAUCAAUGCUGGGUGAGAUUCUGGGAGUGAUGGAGAAGGAAGAUGAUGACCAGGGGUUUGAAGAAGGCAAGAGCAGCGAGGGACAUGCAUCUCCUCUUCCCUGCAUCCAAGGAGGAGUGGAAAUAGAUGAGGAAAUGACGGAAGUUAUAAUGAAAGAAGAGGAACCUGAGGAAUUAGUUGCUCAAGACGAGAGUCAAUUGAGAGCAUCCAGCUCUGUUGACUUGGAGAUUCAGAGUGAAGGCACCAGCACCCCAGAACCACACCAUAAACAUCUACAUCAAUUUGACAGCUGUUCUGUUUCCAGCUCAAGUUCAGCUGCUGUUGAGGAGAAACCAAUCAGUGAGCCUUACGAGGAAGAUAUUGAAAUUACUGAAAAUGCCUGCAAACCAGUCAAUGAACCAGCCUUCUCCUCCUUCAUGGAAGAUGAGGAUGAUGAGAUCAGAGUAUGAAAGCUUACAAUCAGUAAAACAUUAAUGGGACAAAAAGAUACAUAUCUUAAGUAGAAAUUGACUAUGUAAAGAGGGGGAAAUGCAAAGACUGGAAGUAUAUGCAAGCACGACAAAGCUGGACAGAUGCCUCAGGUUCCAGUGUCCCUUUAAAGAUAAGUUGGAGAAACUGCUUUAGCUCAGACACCAAAAGCCAUCUGUCACACUACUGAUCCAUGCCAAGAUGAACAGCUUUGAAUAGAAGUCCAAAAGGGUCUUGCUACAAGUUCCACUGAGGCUCUGCUGAAAAUGCAGUCACAAAUACAUACGUCAUUGUAACUGUCCUGAACUUGCUCAAGCAAUGGCAGUUUUAAGCCAUUAACCCACAGUCCCAUGGAGGGUUCCCACAUUUGAGAAUUGGAAAUAUUAGGGAUUUAUUUGAAAUUGAAGACACAUUCAUGAAUUUUAAAAUUUUUUUUCUCAUCAGUUCUGUUAAAAAAAAAAAAAAAAAAAAAAACUCUUUGCGUGUAAAUUUAUUGGUCAAAAGAUAUGGGAACCCAGCUUGUGACUUGGUGGUGCCUAAAAAUUAAAAUUUAUGUAGAGGAAGAUGAUCCCAAAUGUUAGUUUAUGUAUUAUUAUACACAUUCUAAGGGCAGCAUUUGUAAAACCUCCUAAAAAGUUCUCAUUUGAUUGCAAAUAAGUCAGUCAUAUAUCCGGUGAAAUUGUGAUGUUAAGAGCUGCUGUGGUUUACAAGCUCAGGAAAUGUCCUUGUAAAGUUUGAAAGGAGAUUAAUUGAAGGUGGCAGAUGAUUGAGAACCACUUCAUCUCUUCACAAACUGAUCAUGGCUCACUUUUGGAAAAAAAUGGCAACCGAUGUCCCUCCAUCCGAUCUCAUUUUUCAGUCUGUUCGUGUUUUGCAUAGUAGUUUGCUCAGUAUCUUGCAUAUCUCACCACUUCCUUCCUGCCCUACAUGGCGUGUGAGGGGAACUGCUGUUUAUUGCUGGAGUUUUUGAUCAGUUUGGUUAUUGCUGUCAUUGAAACAUUUAAACCACUGGUUAAUGUGUUACAUCAAAACUAAGAAGUCAGUUCUGUUGUUGUUAAAAUGUCAGCUAUAUUAAUUGUGCUAACAUUGACAAUAACACACACUGGCAUUGGUAUUGCUCCUUUGGAAAUGCAUUGGAGUGCUUUAAUACACUGGUAAAUGAAGACACUAAAUUUAAAUGAUUUUGUUUGCGUCUUUUUCAUUGUGUACAUAUAAAUUUACAUUCUACAGAUGACCGUGAAUAAACUAAAAUGAGGCCUUUAUUACUGCAGACUUUUAUGUUAAACUUAAGUGCAGUAGUCUGAAAGCUUACGGUCUCAGAAUUUAAGAUCAGGCACUGUGAAGACGGAUGUUUUUUGACAUUAAGACUACAGUUUGACAAGAUUGACAGGGAAUUCUUAGCUGCUUCACACGUUUGGUCACAUCAGCCUUAAGAAGAAAAGUGCCAAAUCUAAUCUAGCAUGUACUGCCUAGUAAAGCCUGACAUUAGAGUAUCAUUUAACAUGGUGAAUGAAUUAGGCUUUGCCUUAAUCUACUAUUUCUGAUUGGGGCUAAACGAUCUAUUUUAGUGGACAGUAAUGCUUAGCAAGAGUUUAUCUAAUUUGCUUCUAAAAGAACCUCAGGGAGAAAAAAAAAACACAUGGGGUUUGCGAUUCUGAUUUAUUUGCAUAACCUUGUGCUAACGGUCAGUUUUACAGCUGGGGAGAUAAAAACAUAGAGAGAAGAGAGAAGUCUGUUUAUAUCUGUGUGAGGUGAACUUUAUCUUCGUUUUUUUCCCUAUUUCUGAUAGCAAUGCUGUUUUUCUUGCUUAACUUUGCUACAAUUUUUUUGUUGGCCUUGUAUAUUCAUGCUUUCUAGCCUUUUCAAAAGGUUGUAACCUCUAUAUUUUAUUUAAAAUAAAUGAAAAAGUUGUCCACAAAA